AUGACGUGUGGUCACUGCACCUCGCGGGUGGAGGAGGCCCUUACGGCGCUGCCAGGCGUGCGGUCUGCGACGGCGUCCCUGGAGACGGGGAUUGUGACGGUGGCGGCGGUGGCGGGGGACCAGCUUCUGGCAGCUGCCGUGCAGCUGCCGGCAGUCGUACAAGCCAUCCAGGAGCUCGGCUUCGGAGCAGAGCCCCACUUCAGCCAAGAGGCAUAG